AUGGCUCCUCCGCUGCAGGAUACCGGGGUGAGCGUUGGGAAGAAGAAGGUGGCGAACGGCGGCGAGGUCUGUUCCCGCCGUUUUUUCACCUGGGAGGAGGUGGCGCUGCGCACGGGUCGGAUCCAGCCUUAUCUCCAGGAGCGGUGGCUGGUGAUCGACAGGAAAGUCUACGACAUCAGCAGCUUCUUCCAGCGGCACCCGGGAGGCCCCAGGGUGAUCAGCCACUAUGCCGGCCAGGACGCCACGGAUGCGUUCACAGCAUUCCACCUUCAGAAGACUCAAGUGAGCAAAUUCUUGAAUUCACUGCUGAUAGGGGAGCUGGCCCCAGAUCAACCUAGCUCCGAGGCCAGCAAAAAUCAAUUGUUAAUGAAAGACUUCAGGGAGCUGCGGUCCACAGUUGAGAAGAUGGGACUUCUGAAGCCAAAUAGCCUCUUCUUUUUCCUGAUGUUCCUUCACAUCGUGAUUCUGGAUGUCGCUGCCUGGAUGACUAUCUGGUACUUUGGGUCAUCCUUAGUACCCUUCUUCAUAGGUGUUGCAUUGAAUACUAUUGCUCAGACCCAAAUGUCCUGGUUGCAGCAUGAUUUGGGGCACCUUUCUGUCUUUAGAACACCCAAGUGGAAUCAUGUGGGUCACAAGAUUUUCAUGUCCCUAUUUAAAGGACUGCCUUCCCACUGGUGGAAUAAUCUGCAUUUCCAGCACCACGCCAAACCUAACUGCUACCGCAAAGACCCUGAUCUCAACAUGCACCCCCUUGUAUUCGCUUUGGGGAAGAAACUGGCUGCAGAGCUUGGGUUGCAGAAAAAGAAGUUCAUGCCAUACAACCAUCAACAUAAGUACUUCUUCAUUUUGGCCCCGGCUUUGCUGGUUCCCUUCUUUCAGUUGUCUAUAUUCUACUCUUCAAUCAAGCGCAAAGAGUGGGUGGACCUAGCCUUGAUUGUGUCCUACAAUAUUCGCGUCUGUCUUAUCUACGUUCCCAUCAUGGGAUUUAACUGUUUUAUGGCAUACUACUGGCUGUCCAGAUUCCUAGAGUCAGUCUGGUUUAUUUGGAUUUCGCAAAUGAAUCACAUCCCAAUGAACAUUGAUUAUGACAAAAACCUGGACUGGGUGUCUACCCAGCUCCAAGCCACAUGCAAUGUGAAUCAGUCCCCAUUCAAUGACUGGUUCUCCGGCCAUCUGAACUUCCAGAUUGAGCACCACCUUUUCCCCACAAUGCCUCGACACAACUUCUCAAAGGUGGCCCCCCUUGUGAAAUCUCUCUGUGCCAAGCACGGCAUUGACUAUCAAAGCAAGCCCCUGCUCACUGCCUUUGCGGACAUUUUGCACUCUCUCAAGGAUUCCGGGGAAGUCUGGCUGGAUGCGUAUCUGUAUGGAUAAGAAGCAGCAGCUACUGGAGAACGAGUCCCAGCAUGAGCCAUGAAGAAGCACUGCAGACUAGAGGACAGCCAAUGUGCUAUGGAAGAAUUUGGGGUCUGGUGGGUGAGCUGGACAAAUGUUAACAAAUUUGGGGGCAGAGGAGCAGUUCUGAAACUCUUUCCCACAUCCUAUGCACAGUGUUUUCUUGUGCACAUGUUCUACUCGUUGUACUGUCGCCUGUGGUGAGUUAAGAGAAGGGAAGGUCUGCACUUCACGUAUGAGAACAUUUUGCUUGUUGCAUGCAUAGGACAGGAACGUCACUAUCCUCUUCCUCGUGGUGGGAUGGGAGCAUUCAGAAGGCAGAGGAGGAGAGUUUAAAGCUGAAGGACAGAGUUACGUUUCCAUGUUUAUUCCAAUUCUGUACUGUCGUACCAUUUGUGAAAGCCACAGGUUAGUUGAAGGGCAAUUUUUAACGGAUACCAUUGUAGGUUUCCAUCAGGGGAAGAGACAAGUUUCCUAGCUGAGUUGAAGGCCCAUUUUAGAGUGUAUUCAAGUUCAAAUUUCAGAAAGCAUUGUGUUAAGAGCAUUGGUUGUGGGUGGU